UUCACCCAAGUUUCUUUUAAAUGAGACCACCAGCUGGUGGGAGAAGCUGUUGAAUCAGCGGAGGGAGCGUUCGGGUCUCUUUAUUUUCUGUUCAUUUAAUUGGUGACACAACAUUUAACACUUUAUUUAAUGUGACCAAACCAAAUUUCAAGUCCUAAUUAACAAUUUUAUAUACAACAAAGUGAAAUUCAAGUGAAAGAACAAAAAAAAAUAAGGAUAAAAAGGAACAAAAAAUAAACCAAAAGAUUUAAUUCUGAGUAAAAUUUUGGUGAAUAAUAACACAUCCAAGGAAAGGAAUAAGUUACCAGUUUUUUUUUUCUCUUCUCUUCUUCUUUUCUUUCUCUCAUUUGUAUAUUCUAUUCUAUCUGUAUAUGUGUUUGUGUGUCCAAGAAGAAGAAGAAGAAAAAAUUGAACCAUUUGGAGUUAUUGUGAGGAAAUUAAAAAAUGCCUCCCAUAUUAACCAAAUCAACUAAUUCUAAUAGUGAAGGUGAUUACACGCUUGUCUCACAUGAAGUUCUCUAUUCCAAUUAUAAUCAAUAUGAAGUACUUGAUUUUCUUGGUCGUGGUACCUUUGGUCAAGUUGUUAAAUGCUGGAAAAAGGGAACAAAUGAAAUUGUGGCAAUUAAAAUCCUUAAAAAUCAUCCAUCCUACGUUCGCCAAGGCCAAAUUGAGGUUUCCAUUCUUCAAAGGUUAUCUGCUGAAUCAUGUGAUGAAUUUAAUUUUGUCCGAGCCUAUGAAUGUUUUAGUCACAAGAAUCAUACCUGCCUCGUAUUUGAAAUGUUGGAACAAAAUUUAUAUGAUUUCCUUAAACAGAAUAAGUUUCAACCUCUUCCUCUAAAAUUUAUCCGUCCUAUAUUACAACAAGUUUUAACAGCUUUACUCAAAUUAAAACAAUUGGGCCUGAUUCAUGCUGAUUUAAAGCCUGAGAAUAUAAUGUUGGUCGAUCCAGAGAGAUAUCCUUUCAGGGUCAAAGUUAUCGAUUUUGGCUCGGCAAGUCAUGUUUCCAAAGCUGUUUGUUCAACAUAUCUACAAUCUCGUUACUAUCGAGCACCAGAGAUCAUAUUGGGUUUACCAUUUUGUGAAGCAAUUGACAUGUGGUCACUCGGUUGUGUUAUCGCUGAAUUAUUUCUUGGUUGGCCUCUUUAUCCUGGUUCUUCUGAAUAUGAUCAGAUACGUUACAUUUCCCAAACACAAGGUUUACCUGUAGAUCAUAUGUUAACUGAGGCAACCAAAACAACUCGAUUUUUUUACCGUGAAACUAAUUCAUCUUAUCCUUACUGGAGGUUAAAAACACCAGAGGAACAUGAAAGUGAGACUAAUAUUAAAUCCAAAGAAGCCCGUAAAUAUAUAUUUAAUUGUCUUGAUGAUAUGGCUCAAGUUAACGUUCCAGAUUUAGAGGGUAGCGAAUUAUUGGCUGAAAAAACUGAUCGACGUGAAUUUAUUGAUCUAUUAAAAAGGAUGUUAACCUUAGACCAAGAUCGUCGGAUUACACCGGGUGAAGCUCUUAAUCAUAGUUUUGUUACCCUUUACCAUUUACCUCAGUAUGCACAUUGUCAAAAUGUUAAAGCCUCGGUCCAAAUGAUGCAAGUUGUCCGUUCCUCUCGUAAUCCAGCACCAAGAAUUGCUGCUGCUGCUGCUGCGGCUGCUGAGGCCACAUCGAAUUCCGUUCGAGCGGCUACAUUCAGAGUAGCAGCUCAACAGGCUGCUGCAGUUGAAUCAUUUCAAGCAGCUGCCCUUUGUGUACCAUCAAUCCUUUGUCCUCCUGGUGCCCAUCAAACUGGAUCCUCAGCUCAAGUGCCUCCCAAUCCUUAUCAGAAUCUUAAUUCACCGGCUAAACAUGUUGUACCCAUGGUUGCUGCCGCUCAAUCUCAGGGAACAGUUCAAUUCCAACCUAGUCUUUUAACGGCACAGUCCUAUGUUCCAGCUGUUGCCGUUCAAUGGCCUCCGCCACAACCACAAGCACCCGUAGUCACUGGAUCAAAUAAUCAUCAGCAAAUCUUUGUUGGCCCAUCUAUACCACCAUGGCAACAGUUUCCUUCAGCGGCUGCUGCUCAACGAGCCGCUUUAGCUGCGAUUCAGCAAUCUCAGCAACAACAACAACAAAGCGUUCUAGCUGAUGAAGCUUGGUCUAAAUCUUUUGUAUUUGAACGUACAGCAACAAUACUUGAUCCAUCAACUAUGAUGCCUUUGACUGAGUUAGCGGCAUCAACUAAUGCAAGUGGCCAGCACACCGUUCAAGCUGCAGAGCAAGCUUAUUAUGACCAUCUAACUCGAGGCGCUGCAGCGGCUGCGGCUGCAGCAGCAAGUGAUAGAGGAGGCCUUAUGGCAGGAGGACAACAAUUACCUGGAUCAUGGGGUAUGGUUCCAGUUCCAGUUUCAGGUCCUGCUCAGCCUGCUCAUCAAUCGUCCCUUCCACAUCAAACUCAUCAUUUUCGUCAACCCUUACCAGCUCAUGGGGCUACUCUAUUAGCUGCAAUUCCAAGUUCUCAACGAAGGCAAACCAUUGCAAAUUCUGCUGCAGCUGCAGCAAUGGCUAUGGCUGCUUAUGCUGGUUCAUCAAGCAGUUGUUAUAAUGUCAGUUCGACUGGUAACAAUGGUACCGGUGCCCCUGGAGGUCCUGGUGGUUUAUCCAGUAGUUCAUCAACAAGCAAUCUAAAUAAUUUAAGCCAUCAUUUAAAUAAUAACCUAAACACUUCUGGAAAUAACAAUCAUCAUCAUCUAAGCCAUCAUAAUCACCUUCAUGGUGGUAGUAACUUCAUUGUCACCAAUAAUAUAAAUAAUAAUAAUAAUCAUAAUACUGGUAAUCUAAGUAAUACUAAUAACCUUAGUAACAGUAAUAGCAGUAAUAACCAUAGGCCAUCAAGGACCAAAGAAUAUUCAAACAGUCAACUAUCACCUGUCAAAAAGAAAGCUAAAGAAUCAUCUCCUUCUAAAUGGAAUGUUAGAUCAUAUGAUCCGCUUCUAAUGUCUGGCUCAUCAUCCAGACAAUUUCUUGAAUCAGGUUACGCUUCGGUUUUAGUCAACAGUCCAAAUAUCAAUUUUGAUUCGGAUGAGCCUCAUAGACCAAGUAAAGGUGUUGUAAUCAUGAAAAACAGUGGCCUCGGUUCAAGCAAUAGUAACAAUAAUUUAAGUAAUUUACCAAACAUGAAAUUCCAGCAACAAACAAAUCCUCCACAUCUUCUUGUUUCACACCAACACCAACAGCAACAACAACAACAACAACAACAACAAGCCCAACAACAACAGCACCAUCACCAGCAACAACAACAGCAUCAGCAGCAGCAACAGCAACAACAACAACAACAACAUCAACUUCACCAACAACAACAACCACAGUCACAACCUCAGCCACCACCUCAACAGGCCCAUCAACACCAAUCAACUCACCAGCAACAACAGCAAGCUUUACAUCAUCAACAACAGCAACAAAUAUUACAUCAGCAACAACAACCACAAUCACUCCAACAACCCUUAACUUCCCAACAAUCUCAGCAGAUUCAAUCACUUCAUCACCAUCAUCAUCUUCACCAUCAUCACCAUCCACCAGUACCAGCGCAUCAUUCACUUUCUUCUGGAAGGUUAACCUUAACUACAUCAGAUCUUCGGGAUGCUAAGAAACAAGGUAACCUUCAAACAAUAACACUCGAGGAUACACCAAGUCCUGCUGUCAGUGUAAUAACAAUCUCAGAUUCUUCAGAAGAAGAGGAAGAUGCUUCUACUAAUAACAUUAGAGCUAACACUUUACCUGCAUCAUCAGCAGCCACGGCAUCAUCUUCAUCAUUAACCACAUCCGCAACCACAACAACCUCUCUUAAUCAACACCAUCUCCUUAAUAACGUUAAUAUAAAUAAUAAUCUUCACAAUCAUCAUCUACAAGUAACUAACAACAGUAGUCGAACGCUUCAUCAAGUGCCAACUUGGUGAACACGAUUAACUUUUUAUUCAUUUAAUCUUCAUCCACACAUACAUAAUACCCCAACCAAUCACACAACCUUAAAAAAUCACAUCAAAUGUAACCUAUAUAUUAUCAUCAUCAUCAUCACCAAAAAAACCACCUUUAAUAUUAUUAAUAAUGUCGCUGCUGUGUGACCCAAUCCAAAUCAUCAUCAUCAUCAAGGCCGUCAUCAUUGUCGUCUAAAUUUCAACGAGAAAAUCUAGAAAAAAAUAUAAAAAAUCUAUAAACAGAUGAAAAUGAUAAAAAAGAUAAUUUUUUGUGAGUUAUAUAUUUAAAACAUGUUUAACUGCUGGAGGAUUAUAUAUAUACAUUAUUAUUAUUAUCUAUUAUUAAUAUAUAACAUCUAUCGAGGAUUGCAUUUUAUUCCUAUUUUGCCCAUUUCAACCUCUCUCUCUUUCCUCAUCUUCCCUCAUCUUUUUUCCUCCCUUUCGCCUCCGGUCCUCUCUCUUCCUUUCUUAUUCCCUCUCCUUACUUAUUACCUCUGUCUUUCUGUCAUUUCUCCUUUCCUUGGUCUUUUCUUUAAGUUUUUUAUCUCUUUCUCUCUCUCUCUCUCUCUCUCUCUUCUCUUCAUUAUCUAUUACUCAUUUGAUAUUCAGAAACAUGAAUUGAAAUGAAGUAAACAGAAAAAUAAAUCUAUCAUGUAAACACAUCUUCACACCCACAUUCGAGAUGAGAGUUAGAGAGAGAAAGAACUCUGAUUACAUAAACAUAGGGGGGAAAUUAUGUUACUCAGAACUUUGAUCAGUCUCUUCAUUAUCAUCUUUACCCUGCUCCUUUUUUCCCAUCUCUCUCUCACACACACAAACCACCUUCCCUUUUUCAUUUAACCACUCAAUCAAUUCAUCAUCUUUUUCGCCUUUGUUAAAAAAUCUCCGGGCUUUCCCUUGGACUAUUAUACCUAAGGAUCACCUUUCAUUUAUCAUCUGAUCUCUCUCUCUCUCUCUCUCUCUCUCUCUCUCUCUCUUCCUUCCUUCUUUUUAUUCUCCCUUCGUCUAUCAUUUUUCUUUGUCUUUCUGUCCCCUCUGUCUCUCUAUUCUUUAUUCUCUUUCAGUCCUAUCGAAAAAUUAUUGUGUCAAUGGCUUAAAUAAAUAGUAUUAACUCUUUAAUUGGUUACCACAAUAACACUCAUCAUACACUUACAUCACAUCAACACAACAACAAAAAAACAAGAAUAACAACAAAAACCAAAAAAAAGGAAUCAAGUAAAUUGAGAUUAAAGAGAUGGACCAUGAUUAGGUCAAGAAAGAUGCUUGUAAAUAGUGAAAAUGAUGUUAAACAUCAAUAAUAUACAACAAGAAAUAAACAACUAUCAAAGCCUUUAGGAAAA